CUUUCUAGUCCCAACUGUGAGUGCCGCAAAUCCCACAAACACCAUGUCUCCAGAACAGCCCAAGCUCGAAUCCGCCAAUGGUAAAGUGAGCCUUCUGGCUUUGGUCAGACGCAAAGAAGGAACUACACGGGAGGAAUUUUCAAAGUGGUGGUACGAAGUGCACGUGCCCAUGGUUGCUGCUUUCAACGAGAAGAACGGGCUCAUCAACUAUAGUCAGUUCCAUUUCGACAGUGCCCUUACCACGGCCUUUUUCGGAACAGACCUUGGUCCUGAUAACCUGAAGUUCCUGGACUUUGAUGGUGUGAUGAUCUUGGAGCUGGAGUCUGUUGAGAAGUGGCAUCAAGCGAUCCAGGAUCCUUACUAUGCCGAGGUUAUCGUUCCAGAUGAGUCGCAGCAUGUGGAAAAAAAGACUAGCUUCAUCGGCGCCGGGAAAAUUUACAAGCUAUGGGAGAAUGGAGCGUCAGUUAAGCAGUAGAUAACCCAAUUAUUACAACCAGUAUGUUUCUACACUCGGUUGACUGCAGAGCACAACUAUCAUGGUGUCUACUCAGUGGUGGCAAGGUGUUGGUUGCCGCGUACAAGCGACCCUCAUCAUGCAUGGAUUUACAGACAAAGUGCUUUGGGAGCAAUAUCGCCCAAACUUCUCACAUAAA